UUGAGGGAAGGGGCAGAGUUCGGUAGGAUCAGGAAGAAGCAACAGCCAUUUUAGCUGUACAGGACACUGCUUUCCCCUCAAGCAUGGAGCACAGGGGAUCUGACAGUUAACCAUCAGUUUACGUCUCUACCAGACUGAACGUGGAAGUACAGGUGCCAUGGUGACACUGAAUCACUUGAGCGUAGAGGAUACAGACGAUGGCUUUCCACUGCUGCCUGAGGCUGCUGAGGCUGUAACGCCAACGCCUGUCUUUCACAGACAGCUGGUGACCACGAAGAGUGACUCCAGGGAAUUCUUCCUCAGCAGGAGUGAGAACCUUGCCUUCAGUCUGGUGCUGCUGAUCGGAUGCUACUCAACGAUUCUGAUUCCUGCAUACCUCCCUUCAGAAAAAGUGUCAACAUUCAGUGAUGACAACCAACAACCAAAGGAUCUGUUCUUACUAAAUCGGUCAGCCUCGCUGCUGUCCGGCCCCUGUCAGCCUCGCUGGUGUCUGAACCACCUCAAGCCCUUGUCCUGCUCUGCAGGCCUUCUCGACAUCCCUGUGUUUGUGCAGCAGAACAGGCCUGUGCCCUGGGAUCUGUCGCCUCCUCUGGGGCUCCAGGGCAGCGAGGAGCAUCUGGCCCUCGCUCUUGCAUCUCUACCUCAGCCUGGCUUGCCUCCGUCACUGAGGAGUGAGGGCAGCUGCAGGCGAUGUGUGGUUGUGGGCAACGGAGGAGUUCUUCAUGGGAGCCAUCUUGGAUCCCAUAUAGAUCAGUAUGACAUCAUUAUCAGGCUCAAUAAUGCUCCAGUGCCUGGCUUUGAGAGAGAUGCUGGUUCCCGCACCACCAUUCGCCUGAUUUACCCAGAGGGAGCACCCCAUUCCGCAAACGAGUACCAAAAGACCGCCAUGGUUGCCCUGGCGGUCUUUAAGAGCCUGGACCUGGACUGGCUCACUUCUGUCAUCACCAAACAGCCACUGAGCUUCUGGUCCAAAAUAUGGUUCUGGAGGGAGGUGGUGGAGGAUAUUCCCAUGAGACCGGAAAAUUUCAGGAUCCUUCACCCAGAGAUUAUUCACAAGACAGGACAGGUUCUGCAGAAAUAUGCUCUGAAACAGGGAAAUAUGGUGCCAACACUAGGUGCCAGUGCGGUGGUGAUGGCUUUGCAGCUGUGUGACCAGGUGAGCCUGGCAGGGUUUGGGUACAACAUGCAGCACCCAGAGGCCAGGCUUCACUACUAUGAGACCAUACGCAUGGACGCAAUGAAGGCUCAAGUGGUGCAUGACGUCAGUGCAGAGAAACUCUUCUUGAGGGACCUGGUGGCUGCAGGAGCUGUGACCGACCUCACAGGGGCUCUCUGAGUUAGCAGUGCAGAGGCUGAUGAUAAUGUACUUAACUCUACAUGCACUCCUCCCUCUCACUGUGAGCCUGUGUGCGGUCCUCCAUAGCUUUGCCCUGCUGGAAGAAUCCUACACAGCGUGGACUGACCUUUAAAAUGCUCACAGUCUCCAAGGUUGACUGACGAGUGGGCAAAUUAAAGGUUAGAAUAGCUCGCUAUUGGUGUGACUAACCUCAGCAUAUCUUUCGGUUACAAGAAUAAGAAUCAGAUGUUAUAAUGAUGAAUAAUUUUGUAAUCACACCAGAACAUGUAAGCAUGAACAUGUAAAUUAAAUGGUCAGUGGUAAAAA